UGUGAAUGUUUUAUUCCGUACAAAACAUCGUUAUUUUUUAUAUAAUGUCUUGAGCAGUUUCUCUUCGAAACAGCCUUAUUUCCAGUCUUUUCUAUGCUCCCCAAACAUAAACAGAUCGUAAAUUUUUCAAUUAUUUUUUAUAUCUUUUGUCUCGACGUUUAACGAGUAGAAAGUCAAGUCCGUCGGUCGUUAAUUACAGGACGGCUUAAGCCCGAUCCUCCUCGCGGGGACGGCCGUCCUCGCCGUCCUUCUGUCCUCCGGGUAAUUGUGGGUGAGCGGCCCCCCUUGUCCUAGAUUCCUCCAGGCACGACUGCUCAUUACAAAGAUCGGACUGUAUCAGGAGGACAAGGAGAAGUGAAAACUCGCCCACUCUCACUCACGUCUCAACGAAAGUGUGAGUUGCUCUCCUCCCUUCCUGGGCUCAACAUGGCACCUCCAAACUGACUCCUAAAAUGUUAUUUCCUUCCGCCGUCUUCUCCCUUGUCGUCGCCGUCCACUCCUAUCGAGAUAUCCAAUGGCACUCGGAUUUCGAGGUCUGUGGGGUAAGUAACUUCGUGAACUACAGGCAGCCCAGGGGGAACUCGACAUCGCCCAGGAUCGUCAACGGGAAGCCGAGCCGGAGUGGUUCUUGGCCAUGGCAGGUGUCAUUGCAAGUGCUUCAUCCGAAAUACGGCCUCAUCAGCCAUUGGUGCGGAGGCGUGCUCAUCGACCCGCACUGGGUCUUGACGGCGGCCCAUUGCAUCGACAAGUACGUCCGAACCGAUAUUUUCAACCUGCCCCUGCCGGCACUAUGGACCGCCGUCCUCGGUGACUGGGAUAGGGAGGUGGAGGAAAAGACGGAGCUGAGGAUCCAAGUGGAGGAAAUACUUAUUCACAACGCUUUCAAAAAUUACGAUAAUGACAUUGCAUUAAUGCGCCUUUCAAAGAGAGUAAGCAUGGAGAAGGGAGUGAGGUCGGUCUGCCUUGGAAGCAGGCUGGACGUAGAACAACUCUGCACUGCUACUGGCUGGGGAAGGGCAACCCAAGCAGGACCUCUAUCUUCGACACUGCGGCAGAUAAAAGUGCCUCUGCACAGCAACAAACUGUGCCAAGAAAAAUAUGGACCUGCUGUCAACAUCCAAGAGGGGCACUUGUGUGCUGGAAAGUUGGACGGGUCAACCGGUGCCUGUAUUGGUGAUUCUGGUGGGCCGUUGCAGUGCAGCAAGAACGGAAAAUGGUUCUUGGUCGGGAUCACGUCGUUUGGCUCCGGUUGCGCCAAGCCGGGUUUUCCUGACGUUUACACAAGACUGUCUUUUUACCUUCCUUGGAUUCAAGAACAAAUCACAUCUAACACUGUUCACUAAUUUCAACGUUUAAAAACAUUUUGUGAUACUGUUAAUGAAAAUUAAAAAAAAAAAAAAACACUUUCAG